AUGCCUGACCUGAAGCCCAUAUGGAGUCUAUGGGAUAUUUUCAAGAGGAAGACGAGAAACAGUCGAUCCAACAAUACAGACGAGCUGAAGCUCAAUAGUUUCAAAGGUGAGAUGAUCGAUCCGUUCCCACUUCUGAUCACUAACAGCCUGUGUUCCCUGCGCUUUACUGCACGCUUCAUGUCACCAUGGCAACAGGGUUCAGCGUUCAUGAUGGUGAACACAUCAGGCCGGGUCUCUGGUCAGCGAGCGCAGCUCUACAUGGCGCAGUUCAAAGAGAACGACACCCACUGCGUCAUAUUCGAGUAUUACAGCGCCGGUCGAGAGGGUUCGAGCCCUGGCCAGCUCCUCAUCUACGUCAAGGAGAACAACAGUCCUCUGGGCAUCGCCGUGUGGAACUCGUCCGGUCCGGCUCUGAAGAAAUGGCAGCAGGUUGAGCUGGCCAUCAGCACCUUCUGGCCCAAUUUCUACCAGCUGGUGUUUGAGGCGGUGGGGACCGGUGAACGGGGUCUGCUGGCCGUCAGAGGAAUCUCGCGUCAGGGUCAUCAGUGCACUAUAUUUGGUUUUAAGAGAGAAGUCGUGUCCUCAGCCGUUACUGAAAUAACUCACUCUGUUGCGGUUGUGUUUUAUUCUCAGGGUGGACGCGAGGCUCCUAUGAAGGACACCAAACCCGUGAACUCCAGACGCUACACUGCCACCUUUGACAUCGUCAACACCACCAAAAGAGACUCGGGCCGCUACCGCUGCAUCGUCCGCUCCGAGAAAGGAGUCGGAGUGUCCAGUUACGGAGUUCUGGUGGUCAAACAGCCUCCGAUCCCCAUCGCUCCUCCUCAGCUGACGGCGGUCGGCGCCACCUACCUGUGGAUCCAGCUCAACGCAAACUCCAUCAACGGCGACGGGCCGAUCGUGGAGAAGGAGGUGGAGUACCGCACGCUUUCCGGAAGCCUGAUCGACAGCCAGCCGGUCGACAAACCCAACCACAAGAUCGGCCACCUGGACCCCGACACCGAGUACGAGAUCAGCGUGCUGCUCACCAGACCCAACGAGGGCGGCACCGGGGCCCCGGGGCCCCCGCUCAGGGCCCGCACCAAGUGCGCAGAUCCCAUGCACGGCCCUCGGCGGCUGCAGGUCGUCGACAUCAAAUCCAAGCAGUUGACGGUGCGCUGGGAGCCGUUUGGAUACAACGUGACGCGCUGCUACAGCUACAAUCUGACGGUGCAGUACCGCUACACAGCUAACGGUAAAGAGGAGACGCACGAGGAGACGUGCUACGAUACUCUGAACGCCGCGCCGCAGCACACCAUCCGCAGCCUGCAGCCCUACACCAACGUCAGCAUUAAACUGCUGCUGCGCAACCGCGAGGGAGUCAAAGACAGCCAGGAGCUCCGUGUGCUGACCGACGAGGACGUUCCCGGCGCCGUUCCGCAGCAGUCCAUCCAAGGAAGCACGUACGAGGAGAAGAUCGCGCUCAGAUGGAGAGAACCGCUCCAGACGUACGGCAUAAUCAAACAGUAUGAAAUCUUCUAUAAGGCCGUCAGCUCCUUCGACCCUGAGUUUAAUCUGUCCAAUCAGAGCGGGAAGGUGCUGAAGCUCAGUAACGAGACGUCUCACGUCUUCACGGCUCUGUAUCCCGGAUCCACGUACUCCUUCACCAUCAGAGCCAGCACCGUCAAAGGAUACGGACCCCCCACCAUCACACAGUUCACCACCAAGAUCUCACCGCCGCAUAUGCCGGGAUACGAGCAGGAGACGCCGCUGAAUCAGACCGACAGGACCGACACGCUAGAUUGUGGUCGGGCGAUUCCUCUCAGUCUGAGUGAUUCUCAGCAGCACUUCAUGUGUGUUUGCGCUCGUGAUGAUAAUGUCUGCGGCUGCUUCAUUAUUCAGCAGAUGGUUCUGGUCGAGGGUCGCAGCUUGAGCGCGUAUGAGACGUUACCUACAGAUGAUGUGAUAUCAGAUGAACUUCGCUCGUCGUCGCUCAGUGAAUGUGAUGCUGAGAGUGCUUCGGUGGAUCGGCUGAAGCUGUGCAUCGUCUGCUCGUGUCUCAGAGACCAUAUCCUCGCUAAGACUCCGGCUCCGGCUUUCUUCAUCCGCCGGAGAAUUGCAGAGAAAAGCUCUUCGUAUUCCAUUAUUUCUCCUCCGUAUCAAGCUCUAGCCGCUGAGAUCCUGCGCUGUUACCCGAUUCCCAUCCACUUCCAGAACGCGUCCGUGCUGAACUCUCAGUAUUACUUCACCGCAGAGUUCCCAGCCGCUCGCAUCCAGACGCCGCUGCCCUUCACCGUCGGAGACAACCGCACCUACGACAGCUACUGGAACCUUCCUCUGCUGCCACACAAGAGCUACAGCGUCUACUAUCAGGCCGUCAGCACAGCCAACGGGGAAACUAAGAUCGAUUGUGUUCGCGUGGCCACUAAAGCUGCCAUUAUUGUGACUCAGCUCACCACGCCGUAUGUGCGUAUCGCACCCGCUGCCGGCGACAGCCAACUAACAGGUGCUACGACCCGGAAGCCUGAUGCCGUGGAACCCGAGAAACAGACGGAUCACACGGUGAAGAUCGCCGGCGUCAUCGCUGGCAUCCUACUCUUCGUCAUCAUCUUCCUCGGCGUGGUGCUGGUCAUGAAGAAACGGAAACUGGCGAAGAAGCGUAAGGAGACGCUGAGCAGCACGAGGCAGGAGAUGACGGUGAUGGUGAACUCCAUGGACAAGAGCUACGCUGAGCAGGGCACCAGCUGCGACGAGGCCAUUUCAUUCAUGGACACACACAACCUCAACGGACGCACUGUCUCCUCGCCGUCGUCCUUUACCCUGAAGACUAACACACUGAGCACCGCCGUGCCAAACUCCUACUAUCCAGGUAAAGCUCUACCCUUCGUGCCGACCGCAAUCUUAGACGAGAACCACACCAUGACAAGCGAGACCAGCAGCUUGGUUCAGUCGCACACUCACUCCUACAAGAAACGCGAGGCGGUGGAUGUCCCAUAUCAGACGGGACAGCUUCAUCCGGCCAUCCGUGUGGCCGAUCUUCUCCAGCACAUCACGCAGAUGAAGUGCGCCGAGGGUUACGGCUUCAAAGAGGAAUACGAGAGCUUCUUUGAAGGGCAGGCGGCGCCGUGGGACUCGGCCAAAAAAGACGACAAACCUGUGUGAGUGUACGAUCACUCGCGUGUGCGGCUGCAGCCUCUGGAGGGAGAGCAGAGCUCCGACUACAUUAAUGCAAAUUAUGUAGAUGGCUACCAUCGACCGAAUCACUACAUCGCCACACAAGGUCCGAUGCAGGAGACCAUCUAUGACUUCUGGAGGAUGGUGUGGCAGGAGAACACGGCAACUAUCGUCAUGGUUACCAAUCUGGUUGAAGUCGGCCGGGUGAAGUGCUGUAAGUACUGGCCCGACGACACUGAGAUCUACAGGGACAUGAAGGUGACGCUCAUCGAGACUCAGCUGCUGUCUGAAUACGUCAUUCGAACCUUCGCUGUGGAAAAGCGAGGAGCUCAUGAGAUCAGGGAGAUCCGUCAGUUUCAUUUCACCGGCUGGCCGGAUCACGGCGUCCCGUAUCACGCCACGGGGCUGCUGGGCUUCGUCCGCCGGGUCAAAGCCAAGAGUCCAGCCAACGCCGGCCCGAUGGUCAUCCACUGCAGCGCUGGAGCGGGACGCACCGGCUGCUUCAUUGUGAUUGACAUCAUGCUGGACAUGGCGGAGCGAGAAGGAGUCGUGGACAUUUACAACUGCGUGAGAGAACUGCGCUCUCGCAGGGUCAACAUGGUGCAGACGGAGGAGCAGUAUGUGUUUAUCCAUGAUGCCAUAUUGGAGGCGUGUCUUUGUGGCGACACCACGAUCCCGGCCAAUCAGCUUCGCUCUGUGUAUUAUGACAUGAACCGCUUGGACCCGCAGACCAACUCCAGCCAGAUCAAAGAGGAGUUCAGAACGUUAAACAUGGUGACGCCCACGCUGCGGGUGGAGGACUGCAGCAUCGCGCUGCUGCCGCGGAACCAUGAGAAGAACCGCUGUAUGGACGUUCUUCCUCCGGACCGCUGCCUGCCCUUCCUCAUCACCAUCGACGGAGAGAGCAGCAACUACAUCAACGCCGCGCUCAUGGACAGCUACAAGCAGCCGUCUGCGUUCAUCGUUACCCAGCAUCCUCUGCCCAACACCGUCAAAGACUUCUGGAGGCUGGCGCUGGACUAUCACUGCACGUCUAUAGUGAUGCUGAACGACGUGGAUCCCGCGCAGUUGUGUCCACAGUACUGGCCAGAGAACGGCGUCCAUCGGCACGGACCCAUCCAGGUGGAGUUUGUGUCUGCGGAUCUGGAGGAGGACAUCAUCAGCAGGAUCUUCCGCAUCUAUAACGCGGCACGGCCGCAAGAUGGGUACCGGAUGGUGCAGCAGUUCCAGUUUCUGGGCUGGCCGAUGUACCGCGACACUCCCGUCUCCAAACGCUCCUUCCUCAAACUCAUCCGACAGGUGGACAAAUGGCAGGAGGAGUACGACGGAGGAGAGGGACGCACCGUCGUGCACUGCCUUAACGGCGGCGGCCGCAGCGGCACGUUCUGUGCCAUCAGUAUCGUGUGUGAGAUGUUGUGUCACCAGCACUCGGUGGACGUCUUUCACGCCGUUAAAACACUGAGAAACAACAAACCCAACAUGGUGGAUCUGCUGGAUCAGUAUAAGUUCUGCUAUGAGGUGGCACUGGAAUACUUGAAUUCUGGGUAAUGUGAGCGUAAGCUGCUCUGAUGUCUCACCUUCCCCGGACACUGAAACACACGACGGCUGAAACUGGAGCAGAAACACACGAGCCGAACCGAACCGAUGUUUCCCUGCACUCGCCUCACGAUUAUCUCCAUCCGCUCGUGUCUUCUGUUCCUCAACACGUUUCUUGCCGUCGUCUCCUCAUCAGACGAGUGUCUUCAUGUUUGUGUGGAAUGCACAUCACGUGGAUGUUGAUUUUAUCAUUGUUUUUAUGAACUCCAGGCGUCUGGCAUGUACAGUCGAUCAUGCGUGGCAUUAAAGCGCUCAUAUUAACGCGUGUUUCUGCCCUCUCUGUGGUUGUGUUUGUGUGGAACGAUGGAAAAACUGCUGAAACGUCCCGUCCCAAGAUCCAAAGCUUGUGUUCGUGAUCAUUUCUUUUGUUUAUACUGUAAAUAGAUGAAGUUCACCAGAUAAUUUAUUCAUUGACAGAUUUUUGUGAAGCACACUGAGUGACAAUCAUGUUUUAAUUUGGUCAUUAUUAUCAUACGGACUCCACAUAUAAUAGUGACCAGAUUGUAUUGUUAACUUUUUAUUUAUCUGGUAUGAAAACAAAAAACAAAAUCAAACCUAUAAAUGCAUAUCUAUAU